CUUUAAACACACAUUCGUUUUUUUUUUUUUUUAAUUUUACAGUUCGAAUCUGAACAAAAAAAGUCGAUACUUUGGAAUCUCAAUUCCCCUCCUUUCUUUCCGGGUACAGCUAAAGUUUCUCGAUUUUUUCGGUUUCAUUCUCCUGUUCAUUGAUUUCUCUCAAUAGGAUUCAAAAGGGUAUUUUUUUUGCAAGUUUUUGAUUACUAUUCCUUUUCCUGAAUUGAGUGGAGGAGGGAGAUGGGUUGUUUCUCGUGUUUCGAUUCGAGUGACGAUGAGAAGCUGAAUCCAGUGGACGAAUCCAAGUCUCAGAAACAAUCACAACCGACACUAUCCAAUAACAACAUCUCUGGACUACCUUCAGGUGGGGAGAAGCUUGGCUCAAAGAGCAAUGGAGGAUCAAGAAGGGAGCUGCUUCUUCCGAGGGAUGGGCUUAGUCAAAUUUCUGCUCAUACAUUUUCUUUCCACGAGGUCGCUGCUGCAACUAUGAACUUUCAUCCCGACACUUUCUUAGGCGAAGGUGGUUUCGGACGUGUCUACAAAGGAAGGCUUGACAGCACCGGUCAGGUUGUUGCUGUUAAGCAACUGGACAGGAAUGGUCUACAAGGUAACAGAGAGUUUCUGGUAGAGGUUCUCAUGCUCAGCCUUCUUCAUCAUCCCAACUUAGUCAACCUUAUUGGCUAUUGUGCUGAUGGUGAUCAAAGACUCUUGGUUUACGAGUUUAUGCCCUUAGGCUCAUUAGAAGAUCACCUCCACGACCUUCCACCGGAUAAGGAAGCCUUAGAUUGGAACAUGAGAAUGAAGAUAGCCGCUGGUGCGGCCAAAGGUCUGGAGUUUCUACACGACAAGGCAAACCCUCCGGUUAUCUAUAGAGAUUUCAAGUCAUCAAACAUAUUACUGGACGAAGGUUUCCACCCAAAGCUUUCUGAUUUUGGACUUGCUAAACUCGGACCAACAGGAGACAAAUCUCAUGUCUCCACCAGAGUCAUGGGCACUUACGGAUACUGUGCUCCCGAGUACGCGAUGACCGGACAGUUAACAGUCAAAUCAGAUGUCUACAGCUUUGGUGUGGUUUUCCUCGAGCUCAUCACUGGUCGAAAGGCGAUAGAUACUGACAUGCCUCAUGGAGAGCAGAAUCUAGUGGCAUGGGCUCGUCCGUUGUUCAAUGAUAGGAGGAAGUUUAUAAAACUGGCUGAUCCUAGGUUAAAAGGGAGGUUUCCAACUCGUGCAUUGUACCAAGCAUUAGCUGUGGCUUCGAUGUGUAUCCAAGAGCAGGCGGCUACGCGUCCGCUUAUAGCAGAUGUGGUGACUGCGCUCUCGUAUCUUGCGAACCAAGCUUAUGAUCCAAACAAGGAUGAUAGUAAGAGAAACAGAGAUGAAAAGGGAGGGAGGUUAAUAACAAGGAAUGAUGAAGGAGGUGGGUCUGGAAGUAAAUUUGAUUUAGAGGGUUCGGAGAAGGAAGAUUCUCCGAGAGAGACGACUCGGAUCUUGAACAGAGACAUUAACAGGGAGCGUGCGGUUGCAGAGGCUAAAAUGUGGGGAGAGAGUUUGAGGGAGAAACGAAGACAGAGUGAGCAAGGGACUUCAGAGAGCAACAGUACCGGUUAGAACCGGUUUGGGUCUGUCCUGACCCCUUUUUGUUUCUUAUAUUUACUCAUUUAUUCUGAAAACAUAGAAGAAAAAAAAGGAGGACAUUGUGACAAAGAGUUGAUGUACAUUAUAUAUGUGAUGUUACAAUAUUGGCCAAACUGGGACUCUUUUUUUUUUUUAAUAAACCAAACUCUAAUUGACGA